AUGACCCUUGGUUCUAUUUUCUUAACAGACAUGGCACAGGAACGAGGACACAUACCGCUGCCCAGAGCUGAUGCCAUCCGUUCACGGCUUGUUGACACUUUCUCCCUCAUAGAGCAUUUGCAAGGCUUGAGCCAAGCAGUACCAAGGCAUACUCUCCGGGAGAUACUUGAUCCUUCUCGCCAGAAGAAACUCAUGUCAGGAGAUCAGCACCAGCUAGUGCGCUUCUCCCUAAAGCCCCGGCACAUGGGGCACAUCACACAUUCCCAGCGAAUGCUGAGCAGGCUUCGUGUGCGGUGCAGUCAGAGACCACCUCUUUCCCUAUGGGCUGGAUGGGUUCUUGAGAGUUCUAUCUUCUCGAAAUUCAUCAUCUCCCUCAUCUUUCUGAAUACAAUUGUACUGAUGGUCGAAAUAGAAUUGAUGGAAUCCACAAAUACUAAGCUUUGGCCAUUGAAGCUGACUUUGGAGGUGGCAGAUUGGUUUAUCUUAUUUAGUUUCAUUUUAGAAAUCAUUCUAAUGUGGAUGUCCAGCUUUUCUCUCUUCUGGAAAAAUGCCUGGAAUGUCUUUGACUUUGCUGUUACCAUGUUGUCUGUGCUUCCUGAGUUUGUGGUGUUGAUGGGCGUCUCGGGGAAGUCUGUAUGGCUCCAGCUGCUGAGGAUCUCCCGGGUGCUGAGAUCUCUCAAACUGUUUGCACGAUUUCGUCAAAUUAAAGUUAUUAUAUUGGCUCUGGUCAGGGCCCUGAAGAGCAUGACGUUCCUCUUGAUGUUGCUGCUUAUCUUCUUCUACAUUUUUGCUGUAACCGGUGUCUACUUCUUUGAAGACUAUUCCCGUUCAACUAUCGAGGACCUGGAGUACAACAUGUUCUUCUCGGACCUACUAAAUUCCCUGGUGACAGUGUUCAUCCUCUUCACCUUGGAUCAUUGGUAUGCAGUACUUCAGGAUGUCUGGAAGGUACCAGAAGCUAGCCGUGUAUUUAGCAGCAUCUAUGUGGUCCUUUGGUUGUUGCUUGGCUCCAUUAUCUUUCGAAAUAUCAUAGUAGCCAUGAUGGUUACUAACUUUCAGAACAUCAGAAAUGAGCUGAGUGAGGAGAUGACCCACCUGGAGGUUCAGUAUAAGGCUGACAUAUUCAAGCGACAGAUUAUCCAGAGAAGACAAAACCUGUCCCCUGAAGCAGCAAGAGAAACAAGUCAAGGAAAGGCCUCUGAAGAUUUAUUAGAACCUUCUAAAGGGUCUGAACUCAGUGAUGCCGAAAAAAGUGAUUCUGACACAAGUGAUGCCGAGAGGAGUGAUGCCCAGAGGAGUGAUGCUGAGAGGAGUGAUACCCAGAGGAGUGAUGCCCAGAGGAGUGAUGCCCAGAGGAGUGAUGCCCAGAGGAGUGAUACCGAGAGGAGUGGUGCUGAGGUAGAUGAUGCUGAGAAGGAUGAAGCUGAAAAAGGACAAAAAAAAUCAUCAAAAACCAACGUCUACUCUUCUUCUUCUUCCUCCUCCUCCUCUUCUUCAACCUCCUACAGUUCCUUUUUAGUUGACUUAGAUUAUGAUGAUAAGUUGGACUGGGAGACUCUUGUGCAUGAAAACCUGCCUGGGUUAAUGGAUAUGGAUCAGGAUGACCGUGUUGUUUGGCCCAGAGAUUCACUUUUCCGAUAUUUUGAGUUACUGGAAAAGCUUCAGUAUAACUUAGAGGAGCGCAAGAAGUUGCAAGAAUUUGCAGUUCAGGCCCUGAUGAGUUUUGAAGACAAGUAAAGGUACAAUGGAUGGACGGCCAUGUCUUUCAACC